AUGGUAGUGUCUGGAGACAAUCAGUUCCUGGGGAAGCGCUCAAUCGUAGAUAGCAAGGCGGGUCCCUUCGUGUGGGACACGUAUUCCCAGGUGCAUGCCAAGGUGCUGAGGCAGGGACCCAGUCUUGUUGCCUUUAGUCCCUCACCGCCUCCCCCCUCUCUCCUCUUUUCCCCCUCCCUCCCUUCUUCUGACCCCCUCACCUCCCCCAGGCGGGUCCCUUCCCUCACCCCUUCCCAAUCCCCCUUCCCCCCACCUCUUCCUGUCCUCCCCCAGGCCGGUCCCUUCGUGUGGGACACGUAUUCCCAGGUGCAUGCCAAGGUGCUGAAGCUGGGUCUCGUUUUGCACUUAUCCCAAGCCUCACCCCUUCCCAAUCCCCCUUCCCCCCACCUCUUCCUGUCCUCCCCCAGGCCGCCUCACCCCUUCCCAAUCCCCCUUCCCCCCACCUCUUCCUGUCCUCCCCCAGGCCGGUCCCUUCGUGUGGGACACGUACUCCCAGGUGCAUGCCAAGGUGCUGAAGCUGGGUCUCGUUUUGCACUUAUCCCAAGCCUCACCCCUUCCCAAUCCCCCUUCCCCCCACCUCUUCCUGUCCUCCCCCAGGCCGGUCCCUUCGUGUGGGACACGUAUUCCCAGGUGCAUGCCAAGGCCGGUCCCUUCGUGUGGGACACGUACUCCCAGGUGCAUGCCAAGGCCGGUCCCUUCGUGUGGGACACGUACUCCCAGGUGCAUGCCAAGGUGCUGAAGCUGGGAUCAGCGUAUCGUGCUGCUGGGCUGGAUGCGAAUUCCAAGGUGGGAAUCUACGGCAUCAACUCGCCCGAGUGGUUUAUGGCCAUGGAGGCGUGCAAUUGUCAGUCCAUGCAGUGCGUGCCACUCUACGAUACACUGGGCGCGGAGGCAGUCACCUUCAUUCUCAAUCAUGCCGAAGUGGCUCUCGUGGUCGUGCAAGCAGCCAAGCUGCCAGCUUUGCUCAAGAGCCUGCCUAGCUGCACUGCAAACGUCAAGACGGUGGUGAGCAUGGGGGAUCUGGAUGCGGAUUCAGCCAAGGCGCUGACAGACAUGGGCAUCAGGGGAGUCACCUGGGACGACUUUCUGAAAGAGGGCGAGGCGAAGCCAGUGGAACCAUGCCCAUCCAAGCCAGAAGACAUCUGCACCAUCAUGUACACCUCAGGAACCACGGGCGAGCCCAAGGGAGUGCUUAUAACGAAUCAUGCCCUCGCCACUGCAGUAGCGGGCACCAAGCGGUUCUGCGAGGUUAAUGACUACGUGCUCACAACGACAGACAUUUACAUCUCCUACCUGCCCCUGGCGCACAUCUUUGACCGCGUAGCAGAGGAGCUCAUGACCCACGUGGGUGGCUCCAUUGGCUUCUGGCAAGGGGACGUGAGGAAGCUCACAGACGACUUGGAGGCCCUCAAGCCAACCUUCUUCUGUGGAGUGCCGCGCAUCUUUGACCGCAUCCACUCGGCUGUCAUCUCAAAGAUUGAGUCUACGGGCGGCCUCACCAAGAUGCUGUUUGACUAUGCCUACAGCAGCAAGCAGGCUCGGCUGGCAGCAGGGGUGAAAAUUCGCGACGCCACGCCCAUCUUUGACUUCCUUGUCUUCAACAAGGUCAAGUCGCGGCUGGGUGGCAACGUGCGGAUUAUCUGCUCGGGAGCUGCCCCACUGGCCCCUCACGUGGAGGAGUUUCUCAAGAUCGCCAUGUGCUGCCCCGUGGUGCAGGGGUAUGGUCUCACCGAGACCAACACGAGCGGGUUCAUCUCGUACGCGGAUCGCAUCGAGCAGGCCGGCACGGUCGGCCCGCCCAUGCCCACGCUGGAAACCCGCCUCGAAUCCAUCCCGGAAAUGAACUACGACGCAAUCGGGUCAACAACCAAGCAGGAAGGAGAAUCAGGGAGCGCAGGGGGGGGAGACUCAGGGGAGGCGCAGGCGCAUCCCCCGCGGGGGGAGGUGUGCAUUCGCGGGCCGAUUCUGUUCUCGGGGUAUUACAAGAGGGAAGAUUUGACCAAGGAGGCGGUGGAUGGGGAGGGGUGGUUCCACACGGGUGACAUCGGCGAGUGGCAGGCGGAUGGAUCGAUGAAGAUUAUUGACAGGAAGAAGAAUAUUUUCAAGCUGGCUCAGGGGGAGUAUGUUGCUGUGGAGAAUCUUGAGAAUGUCUUCGGGAACUGCUCGGCUAUUGAUAUGGUGUGGGUGUAUGGCAACAGCUUCGAGGCGGUGCUGGUGGCGGUGGUGGUGCCAAACAAGCCGACUCUUCUCGAGUGGGCCAAGGGGGCGGGUGUGGAGGGGGACUAUGCUGCUCUCUGCGCCACUGAGGAGGCGAAGAAGUUUAUUCUUGGGCAGCUGACCGAAACGGGAAAGAAGGGCAAGCUGAAGGGCUUUGAGAUGGUGAAGGCGGUGCAUCUGGAGUCACAGCCCUUCGACAUGGAGAGGGACCUGCUCACGCCCACGUUCAAGAAGAAGCGCCCGCAGCUGCUCAAGUACUACCAGAAGAAGCGCCCGCAGCUGCUCAAGUACUACCAGGUGGGUUCAGUGGUCAGUAAGUCCUUCGACAUGGAGAGGGAUCUGCUCACGCCCACAUUCAACAAGAAGCGCCCGCAGCUGCUCAAAGGGGGAGGAGCUACGCGGAGAAGUGAUAGUGUGGCGAGUGAAACGCGGUCGGGCGAUGGAGGUGCGGCGGAUAGCGCAAGUCGCGGUAGCACGACCGGCACGACCGGCGCACCCGUCGCGGCAGUACAGGAGCUGGGUGCUCGAAGCCAUGAUACCGCGGUUCAGAGCGGUGCUGAGAGGUGCAUUGAGGCGGCGUUAGCGGACGAUUUGUUAAAUAGCGCAGGUGCGGCGGAUAGCGCAAGCCGAGGCGACACGGCUGUGACGGCAGCUCAGGGGUCUCAAGCGGUCCAGAGCGGUGCUGGGGGGUGCAUCGAAGGGGUUGCGGCGGAUAGCGCAAGCCGUGGCGGCACGGCCGUGACGGUAGCUCAUGGGUCUCGAGACCAUCAUACCACGGCGGUUCAGAACGGUGCUGAGGGAUGCAAGGGGGAGGGGGAAGAUGAGGGCAGGGAGGCGGAGAGCGCAGGCGGGGCAGAGCAGAGUUUACCGGACGGGGAAGCGCCUUCCGCGGGGGUUACUCCCGGACGAGGCGCAGUGGCGGAGGGUUCAGGGGAGAGACUGGGGGAAGGAUUGGCGGAGGAUUUGGCGGAGCGGAUCCGCGCGCUGGUGGACGUGGCGGACAUGGGCGCAGUGCGGGAGGCGCAAGGGGAGAGCCUAGGCGCGUUACAGGACACAGCGGCCAUUUUGGCGCAUUUCAACGCCUUCUCGCUCAAAGCGUUGGCGUCUGAAGCCCCUGCCAUGCGCGCCCAUACUGCUGCCUUACACGCCUUACAGAGUGACCUCAUGCGUUCGUUCCGGAAAAUCAGGUGCGGGGGAGGGGAGUGGGGUGGAAGUAGGUUCUCGCUCAAGGCGCUGGCGUCUGAAGCCCCUGCCAUGCGCGCCCAUACUGCCGUCCUGCAUGCCCUACAAAGCGACCUCAUGCGCUCGUUCCAAAAAAUCAGGUGUGAAGAGGGAGGGUUGGGGGUGGGGAGAGGGACGGGGAGGCGGGUUCUCACUCAAGGCGGUGGCGUCUGA